GGAUGAAACAAUAGGGACGCUGUGGUGUGCAGUCGCAGAGUAGAAGGUAGUGAGCAGUGAUGACGGAUUUCUUUUCUAUUCUUUUCUUUUCGUUUUUUAAUGGGUUUUUGUACACAUGAAGCGAAGUCCACGACGCCAAGACCGUGUCCGCACAUGAGAGUGAUGGCUGACUGAAUGUUUCACCCAUAAUGUCGGCCUGAACAAAGAAAUCAUCACAGCCCUGAUAUAUAAGUGCUGCUCGGUGUUGAUGUAACGAGCUGUUAUCAUGGUUGUCUGCAAUUUGAGUUGAAACUCAGUGUCAAUGGUAGUGUCUGCUCUAGAUUGCAGCGGUUGAGAAGUUUCUAAUUUGUACGUAAGGAACGUUUAGUCCAACUUGCAAGAAACGGGUAGACUUCUGUUUACUUGAGGGCGGAGUGGUCGUGUUCAGGAAACGAAUUCGCUUGGCCUUGAUAUAUCUCAAGAACAUCCUUUCCCUGCCUCGACGGCCAACGCCAUUCAUAUGCAAGCAGCAUAGCGCAAAGAACGUCACACACGAUGCUGGGUGUGGUGUCUCGGUGACUUUCAUCAUUCCAAGAAACUUUUGAGUUUGUAGGCUUGGAUUUGGAGGUUGCAAGAUUUGGGGAUUAGUUCAUAGACAAGAAAGUGUGUCAUUUCUUACAUCAGCGAGUGCGAGUUUGAUUGGACUGGAUAUGGUGGAGAAGAAGAAAUUGACCCCCGCCAAGACCAAACAAGGAGGGUACCUGCUUGGGUCUCCGAAAAGAUCCGGUCCCUCCAUGAUAGCCAAGAAAUCUGCGAAUUCUUUUGGUUUCGAGAGGCAGAAUGCGCAGAGCCUGCCUUCGCUCUCUUGUGCGUCGCCAUACAAGGGCGUGCGAAUGCGGGUUUGAGGGAAGUGGGUGACGGAGAUCAGGGAUCCCAUCACCAAGACGCGGAUAUGGUUGGGAUCCUUCGCCACCGCCGAGAUGGCAGCCCGUGCCCACGAUGCGGCGGUCGUGUGUUUGAAGGGUCCAUCAGCUGUGGAAUUGAAUUUCCCCUCCUCCAUUCCCCCGUUCUUGAUCUCCCAGAACCCCUCCUCUCCUAAAGAAAUUCAAGUCUGCGCUCUUGCAGCUGCCGCUGCUUCCAUUCCCCAAGCUGCACCCCUUACAAUUCCAUCCUCAUCGAAGGGUGAUAGCCAGGUAUCAGAGCUUCACGUAGUCGACCAUGCGACUUCACCACCACUGGAUAAAGGACCUUCAAAUCGGGUGCUGGUGGAUUAUGAGAAUGCCAAGGCUGAGCUCAAACAUUCCAGCAACCAGUUCAAUUUGGAGGAUUGGAUAAAGGGGCUGGGAGAGAUGGAUCCACUUGCGCGGGAGCCUGGGAAGGGCUUCUUCUUCGACCACGAGAUGCUGAAAGGAGUGAACGAGGAAGACACGGUGGAUCUGAUGAGAGGCUUCAACGAAGUGGAGCGACCAUUCGAAUUAGUGCCAUCAGAUGACGUAGAUGAGGAAUUGCUUUACGAUGUUGAGUUGUGGUCAUUUGGCUGAUGGGUGGGAUCAUCACUCACUCGAUUCUUCGAUUCAAGGCUCAACCUGAAACUAGACGAGACUCUCACAAGAAAUCAUGGAUCACACAGUUGUGGGGAUGAGGCAGCAAGUUGUUGGGUUAAAUCAAUCAACUGCCGUAUCUUAUUCGAUUUUGAACGACAAAUUUUAGAGGGAGAUUAGUGGACUUGACUUGGAGAUCAAAAACCAGCUUCUGGAGUCCUUCGGAGACUCACAACUGGGCACAUCUUUUGACUUAACAUUGAAUCCGGAGUUGUCUUUUGUAUAGAAAUGGGACACUGUUCUGUCGGUAGGCCGUUACAAAUUCUUUACUACCAUUCUUUAUUUACCCACUGGACAAAAUUGAUGACUCUCAUCUCUGUAA